UAUGGAGAGAGAGAACGCUAUUGGCCUCUGAAGGGUUGGCCAGUUCUGGCCAGUCCGCUGCUCUCUCUCCCUCUCUCUCUCCUUCUCUUCCUCUCUCCUUCUCUUCAUCGUUUCCUCUAGCUCUCACUCUGUUUAGGAAAAAAGGGGGUAAAUUCCUGUAGGCGACUUCACUCCAGGUUUCUGUGGGAUUUAAACAUGCGUGCGGAGGCUUUGGUGAACUCUAUGUUAGUUCCCUUGCUUCUUAUUCUGCUCACGGCUGUCGAGCAAAGUUUGUUACAAUCGCUGGGGCAGGUGUGUACGCUGUCUGCUGAGUCGUCCCAGCGGCGGUGCAAGACCCCUGAUGGCCUUAUCUGCAGCGGUAGGGGAGAGUGUGACUGCGGGGCUUGCAUAUGCCAGGUCACAGAGCCAGGGAACUACUAUGGGCCACGCUGUGAAUGCCAUGACUGGGUCUGUGCUACAUAUGACGGGAAGACCUGUGGAGGCCAUGGUGUGUGUCACUGUGGGAAGUGUGAGUGUGAUGAGGACUGGUUCGGGGAGGCCUGCCAGUACCAGGAAGACUGUAACCUGACCAACAAGAAGAGCAAGAAGCUGUGCAGAAACCCACAGGGAGUAGUGUGCUCCAACGCAGGCUCCUGUCACUGCGGCAGCUGCAUGUGUCACAACCCCGAUGGCAGGGGUCUGGUGACAGGACGUUUCUGUGAGUGUGACGACAGCGAAUGUCUGGACGAGGACACCGGAGAGGUGUGUGGAGGCCACGGCCAGUGUUACUGUGGCAACUGUUACUGUGCGGCCGGUUGGCAUGGAGACAAAUGUGAAUUACAGUGUGACAUCAGCCCGUGGGAGAGCAAGCGGAGAUGCACGUCUCCGGAUGGCAAGAUCUGCAGCAACAGAGGGACCUGCGUAUGUGGGGAGUGUACAUGCUAUGAUGUGGAUCCAUCGGGGGACUGGGGUGACAUUCACGGAGACACCUGCGAGUGUGACGAGAGGAGCUGUCACGCAACCUACGACAGAUACUCUGAUGACUUCUGUUCAGGACAUGGCCAGUGUAACUGUGGAAGGUGUGACUGUAAGGAAGGCUGGGCGGGGAAGAAAUGUGAGCACCCUCUGUCCUGCUCCUUGUCUCUGGAGAGCAGCCUGAAAAAGUGCAAGGGAACAUCUAACAUGCCCUGCUUCGGACGAGGUCUGUGUCAGUGUGGCCAGUGUACCUGCCAUCCCCCAGGAGACACUCGUGUGCAUGGGAGGAACUGUGAGUGUGAUGACCGCCAGUGUGAGGACAUCAACGGGGAGAUAUGUGGAGGUCAUGGUUUCUGUUCAUGCGGCCGGUGUAUCUGUGGUGACGGCUGGUUCGGGAAGUUGUGCUCGUUCCCUCGGACAUGCGAAAUGACUGACACUCAGAGCAAAGAGCUGUGUGAGACCGCCGAUGGAGUCAUGUGCAAUGGAAAAGGGUCGUGUCACUGUGGCCGGUGUAUCUGCUCUGGAUCUCCUCAGGAUUGGUGGGUCUCUGGGGAGUACUGUGAGUGUGACGACAGAGAGUGUGAUAAGCACGACGGACUCAUCUGCACAGGGAAUGGGGUGUGCAACUGCGGCAACUGUGACUGCUGGGAUGGCUGGACGGGGAACGCCUGUGAGAUCUGGGUGGGAACUGAAUACUAACACCACAGAACAUUUCAGUAGCUAUACAAGAGACUGUGCUGUCAGAAAAGGUGUGAAACAGCAAAGGGAGGAGAGAAAUUGAGAGAGUGAUGAAGAGGAGGAUAAAAAAGAAGCCAACCAAACUGGGAUGUAAUUCUUCAUUCAGAUUUCUGCAUAUCACUUGUAUAACAGCAUUCAUUGUACUGGUUACAAAUAAUCUUUAUUAAAACUAUGUUUUUUUUUUGUAUGCAAGAAAAUAACUUUUGAAGCAAAAAUAUGUUUUUUCUCUUUAGAAGACAUUACCAUGUAACCCUUUAUAUGUUUCCAUUACAACUAUAUGUAUGAAAAUUGUUUAUAUAAGAAUGCUUACAUAUUCCAGAAAGCUACACAUAAUAAGAUGCAGGUACAUAAACAGAAUCCAAACAUUGAAAAAAAAAGGAUAAAUGUUUUAUUAUUAAUAUCAUUUUCUGAAUACAUAGCCUGUGUGUGUGUGCUGAUGAUGAUGAUCAUCUGUGUGUUGAUGAUAAUUUCCAUUUGGGGUAUUCUCACCAGUGGUGUGUUUUCUGGGUUAAAAGUGGACUCAAAGAAACCCUGCACCCAAGUCAAGAUCGUCACAGAUCACAUCGUUUGAGCGUUUUAUUUAUUGUGCCUGACACAACAUCUUUGCAGGGUGUUAGUAGGAAAACAAUGAAAAUACCAUAAUCAUACGUGGGUAUAAAUCUGUUAUAACAGGACAUACAUAUCUCCAAGUGGCACACUUGCAAUUGUAUAUAUUUCAAUAUAAAUAAUUUGAAUAGUGCCUAUUAUCGCUGAAAACUAUCACAACCAUCAUAAUCUUCUACAAGAUUAAUCAAUGCAUGGCAAUUCCCCCUUACUCGUGAACGCCAUGUCAUGAAAAUGUUUAAAUGUCGCGGUCGAAAAAAGAACAAAAAACGCACAUAGCUCUAUAAUGCCAUGCUGGGUAUUCAUGUAACUUCAGAAGGUGGUUUCAGGGGACAUGAGUUGCAUUGACUGGAGAGCCCAAACUCUACCUGACAACAUGAUUGAUAGGAAGCAGUAAAGAAACAUGUAAUGUAAAUAAUUCUACUUUGGCCUUUUCAUGCUUUUUAGUACUAGCCAACCUUUCGUUUUAUUUAUCCCAUCAAAAUGACAGGUGCAAUAAUAUACUGCACACUAUAUUGCAUUAAUGUUACUGACAUUACAGUCACACCUUUAUAUAAAUAUUUUAUUAAAUAUGUUGUAUAUAUGUAUACAACAAACAAACUGUACAGUGCAGACAAACUCAUAGCAUAUAUGUAUGUAAAAUUAGCGGUACAUACCAACAGUUCUUGAUACACAGCCUACUACAUGCAGUUCAUCAAUGCCAUCCUCGCCCCAUGCAAAAGAUGAGAAAAAGGACAAAAGCAAAACUUAAACCUCUCCAUCUACAUUUUGACAAAUUAGUUGACAGAGAGGAAGAAAGUGGAAUAUAAACUGUUUUGGAAGGAUCAGGAAAACAACAUCACGCACGACCCAUAUACAGUAGGAACAAAACAAACAAAUAAACUAAAAAACAAGAUGGCGGCUAGAGAGAUAAACAGAUGCACAUUUACACAGUCAUUUACAAAAAUAAAGUUCAGCUUUCGAAGAACCAGUCAACUGGUCUGCAGGGGCUUGGGUAGCCCAGCAUGUAGAGUUCAUUAUGAUGUAGGGAAAUUACUGGACUUGCGUCCCAAAUUGCACCCUAUUCCCUAUUUACUGCACUUCUUUUGACCAGGGCCCAUAGUGCACAAUGUAAGGAAUAGGGUGCCAUUUGGGAUGCACCCUGGGUGUAAUGUGGAGGAGGGGACACAAGCCCUAAAGAUAAUUAAAAUGAUUUCAGCUCCUUUGUGUAUAUUAUGCAUUGUUAUAAUAGCAUCAAUGUAGCUUUGUACAGACAAGUGUUUUUAAGUCUAACAAGCAAAUGUGCUUGAACAUCCUCUAGAAAAUAGGGGCUUAAAAUCCCAAUAAACUCUGGAAAAUUAUAUCAGCAAAUAAAUCUCUUAAUAUAUCUGCAAUUUUAGCAGCAUACAGUAGCUUCAGUCUACUUAUCAACAUUCUAAAUCUUAGCUAUCCUGAAAAUCGUAAAUCAAGUUCAGAAUUAAGUCAGCUGAUAGAUUCAGAUAAUGGUUGAUAAAUUGCUAACAGUCAUGAUCAGAUCAGGAUUCCGAACAGAAAGUGCCAAACUACAUGCUAAUUCGAGUCCCAAACAAUUUCCAAACUCCUCACUCGCAUAGGUCUGAACAGUACCUUUCCCUUAUCCUAUAGUCCAGGGAUCAUCAACUAGAUUCAGCCGCGGGCCAAUUUUUUCUUGAGCGGGCCAAUUUCUUAUUGAGUGGCUGGUCGGGGGGCCGGAACAUAAUGACAAAUAAUUUGUAGAUUGCAAAUUGACCGCAAGAAUCCCAAACAGUUAUA